GGCGCCCUCGCCGCGGCCGCGGCGGCCCUGGGCCGCGCGCCGUGGGCGGCCCCGUCCCCAGAGGGGCAACGAGGUCGGUGGAGGCAAAGCUUAACGCUCAUGUGCAGUUUCUUCCUCCGCUGUCUUCGCGCUGCCCCAGCGGCCGCGCGCCGCUCCGCGGCGGCCGCUCAGCAGCGGCCGCGCGCCGCUCGGCAGCGCGCCGCUCGGCAGUGGUCGCCUGCGGCGGGUGCCGAUGCGCCAGCGCUCGAGGGGAGGCGUCGACGUGGGCCUGCUCGACGAGCAGCAGCAGGCCGCGCUCGAGAGCGCGCUGCGCGGGGAGAGCCUCUUCAUCUCUGGGGGCGCCGGGAGCGGGAAGUCGUUCACGCUGCUGCGGAUCAUCGACGCGCUGAGGGACAGGCACGGCGGCGACUUCGGGGACAGAGUGGCGGUCUCAGCGUCCACCGGUCGUGCCGCCCUCUUGAUCGGUGGCACGACUUUGCACGACGUUGCAGGGUGUGGGGUUCCGUACUACAAGUCCGACUUCAAGAAGAUGAGUGGGAAGAAGGAUAUGUGGACCAAGUUAGAGGUGCUGAUCAUCGACGAGAUCUCAAUGGUGUCUGGGGAGUUUCUCGACUACCUCGACAGCGAGUUGAGGAACAUCCGUAACAGCGACGCGCCCUUUGGAGGCCUGCAGCUCAUCUUCUCGGGGGACCCGUUCCAGAUACCCCCCAUCCAUCAGACGUUCAAGAACCUCCAAGGCCUACACCCCGACGAGCUUCUGAACAAUAACAUGCUUGCUCUGGAUUACAACGGUCGCAUAAGGUAUCUAUUCACAAACCGUGGCAUGUUUUUCCACAGCCAGGCGUACUGGGAGCUGGCCGUCAAGGUAGUGGAGCUUGGCACGCCUCAUCGCCAGGGCGAUGACGCCGAUUUCGUCAGACACCUCAGCAGCAUACGAGGUGAGGCCGAAGGCACAGACUGCAGAGAGGCCAUUGACUACUUCAACACGCGGGUUUUCGAUGCGGUGGAGGCUGGAAGCGAUGAUACAUUGAUUAUGUUGCCGACUAUCGCACAAGUGAGGGGCCUCAACGAUGGGAAGCUAGAUGAGCUUCAGUCAGAUUCUAUGGUUUUCGAAGCGAAAGACAACGUCACGGUAGAGUACGAUCUGGACGGGAACCCUGGAAUCUGGCGCUUGUACACCGAAAAUCCCUGUCACACCCUCAGAUCCAGCGCGUUUUUCGACGAGGAGCACAGCGACUGCAAGGUUGUGAAGCAUCUGGAGCUGAAGGUGGGCGCCAGGGUGAUGCUCGCGGCAAACCUGAGAACUCAGCACAGCAAGCUGGUGACCGGGGCGAUCGGCACCGUGACGCGGUUGCCGCCCCCGGGCGAGAAGGGGGACUGGGCCGAGGUGGACUUCGAAGGCGCCGGCUCCCAGAUGAUCUUGCCGAGGAGCUUCUCGGCCACCGUGCCGGGCUGGGGCAUGUGCUUCCGGGAGCAGCUGCCUCUGCAGCUCGCCUGGGCGAUCACCCAUCACAGGUCCCAGGGGAUGACGCUGAGCAGGGUGCGCGUGGACCCGUACGCGUUCGUGGACGGGCUCCUCUACGUCGCGCUGUCUCGCAUUCGCAGGAUCGACGGCCUGCACCUGAUGUCCCCCAUCGAUCCUGAUAGUAUCAAGGUGAACCCAGACGCUGUGAUCUUCGCGAAGCACCACAAGGAUCCCCCCCGGGCCCAGCAGCUGCUGGGCACCUGGAGGGACCAGCCCUUGCCCGACGAGUGCUGGGAGCGCCUGAUGCCCGAGCAGGAGUCCGAAGAGCUCGAGCCCGAGGAUCCCGCCUGAGUCUGCGGGCCGCGAGUGCGGGAGAGCGCUCGCGGCGGGGAACGGGAGGGAUGGGGGGACAACCACUGGAGUCCUAAAAAACUCCACGCGAAAAUCCGCUGCAGCACGUCUGCAAGGUCGGUGCAGUGAAGCGCAUGCAUGCCGCCGCGCAUCCACCUGGGCAUACUCCAGAAUCCAGACCGCGAGGGCGUGGUAUGGAUGCGUUCGCUGCUCGUGCGGAGGGAGAGCUGCGGCAGCUUUCCCGAUGGGGGCGCGGAGGGUGCGGAGGGCACGCCGCGGAGGGUCCCCCUGGCGGCCGUGGGGCAUCGAGCCCGCCGGGGGCGUGCUGUGGGGCGGAGCCGUGCCCGCGCCGAGGCUCCGAUGGGGGCUCCGCGCGCGAGCGGGCGCCCGCGGGAUUUGCCAAGGCUGGGCUGGGCAAGGCAGGGGGAGCUUCGCCCGGCCGCAGCGAG